AUGCAAGAGGUAAAAGUUGUGGCUUAUGCUUCGAGACAAUUGAAGAAGCAUGAGUGUAAGUAUCCUACUUAUGAUUUGGAGUUAGCUACUGUGGUGUUUGCGCUAAAGAUUUGGCAGCAUUACUUGUAUGGAGAGAAAUGUGUUAUUUAUACGGAUCAUAAGAGCCUUAAGUACCUCCUCACCCAAAAGAAGUCAAAUUUAAGGCAGAGGCAUUGGAUUGAGGUUUUAAAGGAUUAUGAUUGUGUGAUAGAAUAUCAUCCUGGCAAGGCAAAUGUUGUUAUUGAUGCUUUGAGUAGAAAGUCGAUGACGGAGUUGAGAGCUAUGUUUGCACAUUUGAGUUUAGCUAAGUAUGGUGGUUUGUUAGCUGAACUUCAAGUUGAGCAAGGUGUUAAGGGAGAUUUUGAUGUUGACAGUGAUGGUAUAUUGAACUUCCAAGGUAGGUUGUGUGUGUUGGAUUAUAGGGUAAAGGUAGAGCAUCAGUUUCCUUUGGGUUUGUUGCAAUCGAUUGCGAUUCCUGAAUGGAAGUGGGAAAAUAUCACUAUGGACUUUGUUUUGAGUUUUCCUUUGACUCUGACAAAGAAUGAUUCAAUGUGGGUAAUAGUUGAUCGGUGUUCUAAGAGUGUGCAUUUCUUGGCAGUGCAUACCAAAUAUUCUUUGAAGAAGUUGGUUGAGCUUUACAUUGCUGAAAUUGUACGUGUUCAUGGGGCUCCAGUUUCGAUUAUUUCAGAUAGGGAUUCACAUUUUACAUCGAUUUUUUGGAAAAGUUUUCAAGAGGCUUUGCGGUUCAAAGCUUAG